ACCGAGUCCUUCAGGAAUUAGGCAUGGGAUUUAGCAUAGAUGUUAGUUUUAUACCUCUUAUUUUCUAGGUAAAUUUGGCCCGACCUUUCCCUUUUCUUUAUACUUCCUUUGUUUUUUUCCUUGGACUUCAGCGAAAACCUUCGGGGACCCUGUACAAUUGCAAGAUCGUCUCUUUUGUUGCUUAAACCCCAUAAACCUGCAAAAACCAUUUGCUUACCUCCUCCAAGAAACUUUCAAUACUGUUAUUCCCAAUAUUGUAAAAGUGUAUAUCAAUGAAGAACACAGACCCUAAGAAUCCCACCACUCAGAAAAUUUUUGGAACAGUUAUAAAUGAAGAUGAUGCCUCCCAUUUAGUCGGCGGCAUAGUUGAAAAGGGUUUUUCAGAACAACCAUUAAACGGGCCAACUAGUUGGACUUUUGCCCCUCGCCCCACUGUUCUUCCUUUUCCUGUGCCCCGUCACCGCUCUCACGGUCCACAUUGGGCACCAAAGGUUGGAGAUGUUUGUGGUAACAAUGAUCACGAUGAUGAAGAGAAUGAAGAGGAAGAAGAAGAUUUCACUGGAAUCAACCAGAUUGGAAAUUUUGCUAAGCCCGUGCAAAGAAAAGAGAAGAAAGGGAUGGAUUUUUGUAACUGGCGGGAGAUAGUGGCUAGUGAUAAUAGUUCUGUGCCAUACAAGAGGGAAGAAAGGGAGCGCAAGGUGAAUUCGACAUCAAAAGAGCGAAACGCUGUUGCAGAAGCAUCUCAAAACAAAAACAACUCUAAUGAACGUCCACCAGAUGAAAAUGGAAAUGGUGCUAGUUUAUCUGUAGAAGAUGGUACAAAAUCUCAGGAUGUCAUCAUGGAGGAUGAGCAUUUGGUUCAAGAGAAAGAGGAAGACAUGGCCAUGGAUAUCGAACAGGGAGGUGUGGAACAAAGUAGCCAUUCUGUCUUACCACAGCAGAAAUGUGGAAAUGGUAUCACUGAACAGGAUGAAGAAAUAAUUGAGGAUAUGCAUCCUACCUUACAGGUUAACGCUCAGAAAUGUAGCAUUUCUGCAAACAAAGCCGAUGCUAGCUUUGACUCCGAGGAAGUGGAAGGAAGGCACAAUGCUAGUAAUCUUGAGAGUCAAAUUGAUGCUGAGAAUCGAGCUCAAUUAGCAAAAAUGUCAGCUGAUGAAAUUGCUGAAGCACAGGCUGAAUUAUUGGCAAAACUAAGUCCAGCAGUUUUGGAGGCACUGAAAAGGAAAGGCCAAGAGAAGUUGAAAAGAGAAAAAUCUUAUAGAUCCGGUUCUCAUCUCAGUGGAGAAAAGGGUAGUUUGCUGGAUCGGAUGAAGAAUGAAACCUCACAAGGCACACAGAAAAAAAAUGUGGAAGAUGAUACUCCAAAGUUGAACGCCAGUACCAGUGUAUGGGAUGAAUGGAGUAAACGAGUUGAGAGUGUCCGAGAAUUAAGAUUUUCUUUUGAUGGCAAUAUUGUGGAGAGUGAACUUGAGGUCCCAAAGAGUGGUGUGUCCGUUGCGCAAGAUCUCUCCGAGCGUGACUAUCUACGAACUGAAGGUGAUCCUGGCGCGGCUGGUUACACCAUAAAAGAAGCAGUCGCUCUCACAAGAAGUGCAGUAGCUGGACAACGAACAAUUGCUUUACAUCUUAUUGCAUCUGUGCUUGAUAGAGCAAUAUGCAGAAUUCACCAGAAUCAGCUGGGGUGUAUCUUAAGAUCUCAGGACAGAGAUGGAUUUAAUGACUGGGAGGCCAUUUGGGCUUUCAUACUAGGGCCAGAACCUGAGCUUGCUCUAUCAUUGAGGAUGUCUCUGGAUGACAACCACAGGUCCGUAGUUCUGGCUUGUGCUAGAGCUAUUCAGUGUGCUCUUUCCUUUGAGAUCAAUGAGGAUUUUUUUGAAAUCGUGGAGAGGAUACCAACUCUUCAGAGGGAUGCACCUACUGCUCCUGUCUUUAGAAGUCGACCAGAGAUCGAAGAUGGUUUUGUCCAUGGUGGUUUCUGGAAAUACAAUACUAAACCUUCCAAUAUACUUCCUUUUGCCCGGGAUUCUGUGGAAAAUGAUGAAAGUGAACGCACUAUUCAGGAUGAUGUUGUUGUUGCUGGCCAAGAUAUAGCUGCAGGACUGAUUAGGAUGGGGAUCCUUCAAAGGGUUCAAUAUCUCUUGGAGACUGAGCCUUCAGCAGCUUUGGAAGAAUGCCUAAUUUCCAUAUUAAUUGCGAUAGCUAGGCAUUCGCCAACAUGUGCAGAUGCAAUUAUGAAGUGUCAACGGCUGGUUCAAACGAUCAUCAACAGAUUCACUAGUAAAGAGCAAAUGGAGAUUAGUAUCUCAAAGAUCAAGUCAGUUGCACUCCUGAGAAUUUUGGCUCGAUCUGACAAGGAGAACUGCCUAGAAUUUAUCAAGACUGGAAUAUUUCAAAAGAUGAUAUGGCAAUUGUAUCGAUAUACCUCUUUUGACCAAUGGGUAAAGUCUGGAAAAGAGGCUUGUAAACUUUCAUCAGCUCUUCUGGUUGAACAGUUACGGUUGUGGAAGGUUUGUGUGCAACAUGGGUAUUGUGUAUCAUACUUUGCCGAUUUAUUUCCUGCCUUGUGCAUUUGGUUGAAUGUUCCUGCGUUUGAAAAGCUGAUUGAGAACAGUGUCCUCAGCGAAUAUGCUGCCAUUGCCAAGGAAGCAUACCUUGUCCUGGGUGCUUUAACUAGAAGACUGCCGAUUUUUUAUUCCCACAUGCAACAAUUGGACAGGGGUACUACAGAAGAAGCAGAAAACUGGUGUUGGGCCCAUGUUGGUCCUAUGAUUGAUUCUGCCCUAGAGUGGAUCAGGUUAAAGAAGAUACCUCUCCUAUCUCGUCUAUUUGAGUGGCAAAAUGAGGAGGAAUUGAAUGGCGAUAUACAGGAUUCAGCAGUUUCUCCCUUGCUGUGGUUGAUAUCUUCAAUUAUGGACAUGCUUUCUGCAGUGCUUGAAGCUGUAAUCCCUGAAGAUAAUGCAGAGUUGCGCCAUGGGAGUCUUCCAUGGCUGCCAGAUUUUGUCCCUAAGAUUGGACUAGAAAUUUUAAAAAAUGGACUUAUGAGUUUUUCAGGCUUAGUUAGUGCAAGCCAUGAUAGUUCUGCUGGCAGCGGUUCAUUCCUUGAGUGUUUGUGUUAUUUGAGAAAAAUAAACGGACGAGAAACGUCAAUAGCGUCCAGUAGUUGCCUUCAGGGAUUGUUGCGAGUUGCUUGGUGUGUUGAUAAGCUGAUCUCACUAGCUAACAAUGAGCCUCGGGAUCUAUUCGCCAAAUAUCAGAGUUUCACAAGAGAGGAAGAAACUCUUGCUGAUGGGAUUCUUCACUGCUCUCUGCCUGAGUUAAGAACUUUGAUGACAAGUUUAGUGGAAUCAAAUGGUUCCAAAUGGCAUCAUAUGAAUUCAAUUGAGACAUUUGGUAGAGGUGGUCCAGCCCCAGGAAUUGGUGUAGGCUGGGGUGCCCCUGGUGGGGGCUUUUGGUCCAAACACAUUUUAUCAGCUCAAGUAGAUGCACGAUUGUUCAUUUACUUGCUUGAUGUUUUCCCUAUCGUAUCUGUCAAAGAUCAGUUUACAACUGAAGGCAUGAACACUAUUAUACAAAAAAUAAAUUCUGUCAUGGGAGCGUGUUUACUGCUGGGGCCAAUGGAUAGUUCUGCAGUAGAUAAGCUGCUUGAUUUCUUAUUUCAAGUUCCCACUCUAAAGUACAUCGAUUUCAGUAUACGCCAAUUUCUUACUCUUAAGCAAGGUUAUCAGUCUCUCGAGAGGGUGUAUGAAGAAGAGGACUAUUUAAUGUUGAGUGAUGUCUUAGCUUCUCACUUCAAGAAGAGAUGGUUGUCUGCAAAACAGAAGCGUAAAUCUGCUGCUGGAGAUGAGCACGUAUGCCGAAAGAAUCCAAAAAAAGGAAAUAUUUUAUUGGACACCAUUCCCGAGGAAAUUUCUGCAUCAAUCCCUGCCAGCCAAGAGCCUAAAUGUUUGGUGGCUGAGUGGGCUCACCAACGGUUGCAUCUUCCCUUGCAUUGGUUUCUCAGUCCACUCUCAGUGCUUUGUUCUACCAGCCAUGAGACUCUCGAUUUUCUUAAAGUUGCAAAAGGUGGACUCUUCUUUCUCUUAGGGAUUGAACUAAUGUCCACCUCCCUUCCUGCUGAGUUGCGUACGCCAGUUCGAAAUGUGCCUAUUGUAUGGAAAUUGCACACGUUGUCUGCAACUUUACUUUCUGGAAUGGACAUUUUUGAGGAGGAAAAUAGCAGGGAUCUCUACAAAGCUCUGCAAGAUGUCUAUGGACAGCUCCUUGAUAGGGAAGAAAAAGUUGAUGCAAUGAAACUGAAAUUUAAGACGGACAUACAUGAGAACUACUCCACCUUCAUUGACAAUCUAGUGGAGCAAUUUGCUGCAGUUUCGUAUGGUGACAUGAUAUUUGGUCGUCAAGUUGGAGUCUAUCUGCAUCACUUUGUUGAAGCUCCUGUGAGGCUUGCUGCAUGGAAUGCACUGUCUAAUGCUUGUGCUCUCGAGCUUUUGCCUCCUUUGGAGAAGUGCAUUGCCGCAACUUGUGGAUAUCUUGAACCUGUCGAGGAUGACGAGAGGAUGUUGGAAGCUUACUGUAAAUCAUGGGUUUCAGGAGCUCUAGACAAAGCAGCAAGUCGAGGAUCUGCCUCGUUCACUUUGGCCUUGCACCAUCUGUCAUCAUUUGUUUUCCAGACUUGCUCUAGGAAUAUGCUUCCUUUGCGAAACAAGCUUGCCAAAUCUCUGCUACGAGACUACUCCCGUAAGAAGCAACAUGAGAGCCUUUUUGUUAACUUACUGGAGUACCAAAGGCCAGGCACCAUAUCUGAGAUGCCCCAGCACAGUUGCAAUGUGGAAAAUAGAUUACAGAUUUUGAAAGAAGCUUGUGAAGGAAAUUCCUCAUUGUUGAGUGAGGUUGAGAAGCUCAGCUCUGUCAUUAGAAGGAAACAGCAUGUGGGAAGCUAAAAUUUUCUACAUCAAUCUUAUAACCAGUGAUGUAUAUAUGAAUUUAUCUUGAUAUGUAGGUGAUUAAAUCUCUGUACAUCUUCCUUUAAUUUAUUUACCUUACAAAAGAAGGUUCUGUACA